UUCGCCUUGUAAUGUAUUCCCGUGAUCGCAUCGCCAUCUUGUUGCAAUCCCUCUUUUACGUGUGAGUAAAGCAUUUAUCCAAGGAAUAUAUUUUUACUCAUUUUCUUUCCGGUGAGAGGAAGAAAGGAAUAAACAAAGUGCGCGUUCGUGUCUGCUGCGUUCCAGACAGUGCUCCCCGGCGGAUCUCGGCUGUGCCUUUUUUCUUCUGUCCUGGGCGAUCGGGUAGCCUACGGUGAGGGGCGCAAGAUGAGCAUCGAUACUCUUCUGGAAGCGGCCAGAUAUCUGGAAUGGCAAGCCCAGCAACAACAGAUCACACAUGAGGAGGAGCGUUGCAGAGAGAAGGCGGAGCUUCACAGCCGGGAGGUUGUGUCCAGACGAGCAGAGGUUGUGACCUGUGCGGACCAGCCAAUCAGAUUCAACCAUGUCACCUGGGGGCCAUCACAGCAUUGGCCUGAGUCAUCACAACAUUGUCAGCACCAGCACCUCUCUCCCUCCUCUCACCCUCUUCCCCUCUCACUCCCUCCUCCCCCCAUCUCCAUCGCUGUCAUCCCCAUGGUACCCGUUGUCACAGCUACGCCCUCUGUACCGCCCCUUCCCGUCAUCACGACGAUCGCUGCUGCGGCAACCUCGCUCCACCUCGGAGGCACCCAGGUGAUGAAGGGAGGCUCCUCCCCUACUCAGCAGCAGCCAAUCCAGCGCCAGCUGGCAGCCCAGGUGAAGGUGGAGCCUAACUCAAUGACACCACAGACAGGCGGAAGCCCUAGCCAAUCCCAACCUCCAAUUCAGAUUCCGUACCCGACCUCCAUCAUCACCAAAGCCGCUUCCCAACAUGCACUACUUCCACAGCAAGCCAUUCCCACGCAGCCACGCCCAAACGGAACCAUCAUGGAUGACCUGAGAGGGUUGGACGGGAAGAGACGACCUGGAGGAGCUGGAACCAGAGAGGUGCACAACAAACUGGAGAAGAACAGAAGAGCUCACUUGAAGGAUUGCUUUGAUACACUGAAGAAGAACGUUCCAAACGUAGAUGAGAAGAAGACCUCUAACCUCAGUGUUCUACGCAGUGCGCUGCGAUACAUACAGACUCUGAAGCGAAAGGAGAAGGAGUAUGAACACGAGAUGGAGCGUCUGGCGAGAGAGAAGAUCUCCACGCAGCAGAGACUGGCUGAGCUGAAGAACGAGCUGAGUCAGUGUAUGGACGUUAUGGAGAUAGACAAGGUUCUCAGACAGACUGUACAACCAGAGGACGACCAGGCUUCUACUUCUACUGCCUCAGAAGGAGAAGACAACUUUGACCAGGACAUUGAUGAAGACCUCUCCCCUCCUCCACCCUUCUCCCUCCCCAUUAUACAGGCCAAAUCAUUCCUCACUCCUCACCUCUCCAUCACACACAAGACCCUUUCCUCUGGGGUUCUGACCAGCCCCUCCCUCUUGGCCCCCUCCUCACCCCCAAGCUAUCGCCCCCGCCCCCCACCUCACCCCCAUCCGACCGUCCAAGUCUCACCCAAAGUCAUCACCCACCCUUCCGUCAUCCAGGCUGUCAAUCACGUCCUCCCGGCUAAUCACAAACACCUUACGCACAUCGCUCCCUCUCCCAGUCCUGCCCCCUCCAUCUCGCAGCCAAUCUCAGCAGCCGCCGCCGCUGCCCACCAGACAAUCACGGCCCAGCCCAUCGGACACAUCACCGUCCACCCUGUGGCCCACCUGGGGGGUCCCCUGCCCCCCCACAUGUACCCCCAGGGAUUGACGGUCUCCCAGCCCACGGUGUUGGGGCAUAUCACCCACACCUUCACCCACCACACUCUUCCCCACGUCCAGGCUAGCCAUGCUACCGCUAACGUGCCCCAGGUCAAUGGGGCGGCUGUGCCUGGCCAGUGUGGCUCGUCCCUGGGGAAGCCCACAACCAUGCUGGCCCACCACCACCACCACCACCAUCACCACCCACAGCUGGUGGGACAAACCACCGUCCUCAACCCAGUCACCAUGGUGACUGUACCACCCUUCCCUGUUAGCACACUCAAACUGGCCUGAGAGACAGGACAGGGAGGGGAGAGAGUGAGAGGGCGCGAGAGACAGCGGGAGGGAGGGAGAGAGAGGGCGCGAUAGAGAGAGAGGGCGCGACAGAGAGAGAAAGAGCGCGACAGAGAGAG